UCUGAAAAUAUCACAUUCAAUAGCAAAAGAAAUAUGUCAUUCAACAUCAAAGAAAUGCAAGAUUUAUAUUUUUUUGAUGUCGCAGUAUUGGCGAUCAUUAUUUUACUUAUUGCAUUUAUUAUAAUUGUCUUUAACAGCAUUGUAUGGGGGUUUAUGGUGGCCAGUAUUUAUGUGAUAAGCAGUUUUUAUGCUGUUCAAUUAGUACAGUGCAUUGAUAAUUUAUUAGUGAGAUUUAAUAUUACAAAUGACAAAUUUAUUACAAAAUUUGAAAUCAAAGAUUCAUGCAGCGUUUGUAGCAAUAACACCUGCAAAAGACACAAGUUAUUGCCACAUUCGACAAAAAUCAAAGUACCGAAGGAUUUUGAUCAUACGUUAGAACAGCUGUUAGAAGAGGUACUACAAAUUUAUGUCUGUGCAUGGUACUCUGAUUUUUCGACAAAUGAAGCUUUUAUACAACAGUUGCGUUUAGCUAUAACGACAGCAGCGAAAAAUAUCGCUAUUCGAUUGUUACGUGCGGAUACAGCGAGCAUCACGUUCACUGAUCUAAUUCCCUUGGCCAUACAACAUGCUCAAGAUUGGAAUGAACUUCUUAAAAUAUCAAAAUUGGAUGUUAAGAUGCCCCAAGAUUAUGUCGAGAGUUAUCUAAGUUCUAGGAUUCAUCCAGCUGCUUACUCAAGAGAAGCCGAAUUAAAUUAUUUGCGAGGAUUAACCACUGCAUUGCUACCACAUUUGUUACCUGCUAUACAUGUCUCGACAAAUAAUAAAGUGAUACUUCGGGAAAUUUUAGCCAAUUGGGUUCUACUACCAGCUAUCGAUGCACUUGCAGAUCCAGAAAAUAUAAAUAUGUUGGUGACAUUGUCCACUCAUCGUGAUACCUCUUUAUCUAAUUCAGAGAAUACUGUUAAUGUACCAAUGCUGCAAUCUUGGGUGACGACAAUGCAUUCACAUACCAUCACAAACAAUUGUUUCAAGCCAUCUCUGAAUGAAGUCUUGAGUGAUCCUGAACUGUUAUAUAUGUUUAUGCAGCACAUCAAAGAAUCCGGACCCAUGAAUCUUCUUCAGUUUUGUUUAGAUAUUGAUGAUCUCAGUAAACGUAUGUUAAAUCCAGAAAUGUCAUCUAGCGCUGAAAAAAGCUUAUACAUAGAUGUUAGAAAUUUGUACACAGUAUAUCUUGAUCCCGAUGGCCCAGAAUAUUUGUAUUUACCAUUACAUAUAUCGAAAGGCAUACGAGAAAUAUUGGAAGGUGGACCAGAAAAAAUCCAAGAGAUACGAACGUCACGACCUUUCUAUGAAGCUCAUCAAGAAGCACACGCGCUCUUAGAAAGUACCUGUCUGCCAUCAUUCCAUCAUAGCUAUGAGUUAUACAAACUUCUGUGCGGUCAUUUAGCGUCCGAACAAGCAAAAACCACUGCAACCAAUGCGAGCGGAGCUGCAUCUAUCUCUGCGCGAUCUAGCAAUCAACUGGGCAGGAUGGAUGGUGUUUCACGAUCAACUAUCGAUGGUAGCUCGUUUCCAUUGCAACAUGUCUAUCCGGUCGAGGAGGUAGAUUGUACAGCUCGAGUGUAUAACGAGAUCAAGAGCUUCGGCGAUAAGUCUCAUCGCGACUUAACGACCUGGCGAGUCGCCAUCCCGCACGUGGAUGGCGGCGGUACACAACCUGUGUACAUGAUCGCCGUUCAUAGCGUGGCGGAGGCCAAGUCAUGGACGGUCUUGCGUCAGGAUCAAGAUUUCUACACGCUGCGGACACGACUCGCCGAGUUCCACGGCGACAAGGAACUGAACGAUUCACCGUUAUCGACGCGCAAGAAUCCUCAUUUGCCUCUUGCGGCAAACCGUCAACGUUACGAGGAGUUUCUACAGAGAUUACUGUCUAAGCCGAUGUUGAGGAGCAGCGAGCUCUACACCUUUCUCACGACGCCGAAUCUGAAACCGUAUUUUGCCAACUAUAGUACACCCGACAUUGGUAUCCUCUAUCAGAGCAUGACCUACAAAUUGCGAAAGGAAAAGGGGCAACACUUAGACAAGUUUAUGAGUACUUUUCUGGCGUCCACGAAUACAAAGUACGAACAUAUGGAUAUGGGUGUUGAACCGUUGAGCGAGCACAAUCUCGACGAGGCGGAAAGCAAGGGUAGAAAUCUGUUGAAUGGAGUAUUCGGCAACAACUUGAAUUUACCUGACACCUUGCAAAAUGAUCCAAGCAAUCUACCGCAGCGUAAUCAUGUAAAAGGGGCAAGUCUAUGCAUCGUGGAAGCUGUGGAUAGUCUGUUAAAUAUACCUCCGAUUAUUUCGCGUCUCCUCUGGAUGUUUGCCUCUUUAUCUCGUAAAAGAUUGGAUCCAAUUGUGAACGCAAUGUUCUACAACAUGUUGAUCAAGCUUCUGAGUGGUGGCCGUGCUUCUAUCGUCGUCAAGCUUUUACACGCGAAAAUAACAGGCAGAAAUUACAUGAAGGACUUCUCCUCGCAAGCAAGAUGUCGAGAUUAUUACGAAACCGCCAAAGAAGGAUUGUACUCCUUGUUACCAUGGUGGUUAGUGGGAUUCUCCAAGCCUUGGAACAAUUUGAUGGAUUCCCUAUUAGAUCCUUUACAAAAUGCACCGUUCAAUAAACAUCUGGCAUACUUUCUGUUGGAUCAUAUCUUGGUAAAUCUUUUCCCGGAAAUAACAGCUUAAUAUCUUUCGGCAAAAAUUAACGGUUGUACAUAUAAUUCUAAUAAAACAACACACACAAAUA